AUGUUACGGCUAAAUUACACCCUAAGGGGUAUAAAAGCGGUGUGUCUAUUUUACAUCUGCACUUUUCUCUCUCUCUCUCUCUCUCUCUAUCUCUCUAUCUCUCUCUCUCUCUCUCUCUCUAUCUAUCUUUCUCUCUCGCUGAGAAGGAAAGGGCUUUUUCAGUUGAUAAUAGGUAGCAAACAAGUCUCAGCGUUGGGAGUUCGAUCCUCAUUCGGUGUCUCUUGCGUAUUUGUAGCUAAACGUAAGGCUUUCCUUUUUCAACUUGUUCGUUGUCUUUCCAAAUAUAAUUUCAUUUUCCUUUUCCUCCUUUAUUUUUUGUUAUUUAUUUCCACUCUCUUUAUCUCUCUACUCAUUUCCACUCUCUUUAUUUCUCUACUCAUUUCCACUCUCUUUAUUUCUCUACUCAUUUCCACUCUCUUUAUCUCUCUACUCAUUUCCACUCUCUUUAUUUCUCUACUCAUUUCCACUCUCUUUAUUUCUCUACUCAUUUCCACUCUCUUUAUUUCUCUACUCAUUUCCACUCUCUUUAUUUCUCUACUCAUUUCCACUCUCUUUAUUUCUCUACUCAUUUCCACUCUCUUUAUCUCUCUACUCAUUUCCACUCUCUUUAUCUCUCAUUUCAUUCACUGUUCUUUUUUCUCUCUUUUUUCUACUCCCUCUUUAUUCCUUUUUUCUUUCUUUUCCUGUCAUCUGUCUACUUUAUUUUUUUCAUUUUCUUUGAUUUUCAUUCCCCUUUUUUUCACUCUGUUCCAUUUCACUGCGCUAUUUAAUUCUUCUUUCGACCUAUUUCUUUCUUUCUUUCUUUCUUUCUUUACUUCUGUACUUCUGUAUUUAUUUAUUAUUUUUUAUAUUUUUUACAACCUUGUUUUCUUUUAUUCUAUCCAGUUUCUUUCUCACCCUCUAGCUCUCUAUUUAUCUAACUAUAUCAGUCAAGGCAUCUAUCUAUCUAUCUAUCUAUCUAUCAUAGAGAUUUUCUGUCCCUCCAUAUUCCGCAUUUAUUGA